CAUGACCUCACCCAAGAUAUCCAGGCAGUAACUCAUUGAUUGCGCUCAGUGUAUAGGGAGCAGCCGCAGGCUAGCGAUCUGUAUCCGUGUUCCUUCUGCAGUUCCCAUUGAUCUUCAGUAGAACUGCUCUUGCAUUCUGAGUGCAUUCCAUAGGACAGGCGCUAUAUAGCUGUAGGGCUGCAUGCUGGAUUAUAGCUGCUCUAUUCCCAUUCAUUCCGGUUAGUGGAAACAGAAAUUUAGCAUUUUGCUUCUUUUAAAGAUAAAGAGUUAUUUUUUCCGUCUGGAACUUUGGAGGAAACUUUAGUGCAAUAUUUAUUCAUUUUUACCUCCAUAUUUAAAUUGCACUUUAUAUUUUUAUAAUUUUUCUAUCGUCUAUUUUAGUGAGUUAGGUUUGGCUACGGUAAAAGAACACUUUAAGUGAGCCUGUGAGACAGAUUUUUUGAGGAGCUAGAGACUUAACAGAAAGGGCAGAAUGGCUGGAGUCAACUCCCUGGAAGCGGUGAAGAAGAAGAUCCAAGCACUACAGCAACAGGCCGAUGAUGCUGAAGAAAGAGCGCAGCUGCUGCAGAGGGAGCUGGACAGUGAACGAGAGAUGCGUGAUAAAGCUGAAGGGGAAGUAGCUGCACUAAACCGCCGUAUCCAGCUUGUGGAAGAAGAGUUGGAUAGAGCUCAGGAACGUCUUGCCACUGCUUUACAGAAACUGGAAGAAGCAGAGAAAGCAGCAGAUGAAAGCGAGAGAGGUAUGAAGGUAAUUGAGAACAGGGCAAUGAAGGAUGAAGAGAAGAUGGAAAUUCAAGAAUUGCAACUGAAAGAGGCUAAACAUAUUGCAGAGGAAGCAGAUCGGAAAUAUGAAGAGGUUGCUCGGAAACUGGUUAUUCUUGAGGGAGAACUUGAAAGAGCAGAGGAGCGUGCAGAGGUGUCUGAACUCAAAUGUAGUGAUUUGGAAGAAGAACUGAAAAAUGUGACUAACAACUUAAAAUCAUUGGAGGCACAGUCUGAGAAGUAUUCGGAAAAAGAAGAUAAAUAUGAAGAAGAAAUAAAGAUUUUAACAGACAAACUUAAAGAGGCUGAAACUCGGGCUGAAUUUGCAGAAAGAUCAGUGGCCAAACUAGAAAAGACAAUUGAUGACCUUGAAGACAAGCUGGCAACUGCCAAAGAAGAAAACCUGGGCAUGCAUCAAGUUCUGGAUCAGACACUACAAGAACUGGGCAGUUUAUAAUGGCAAACAAGAAACCCUCCAUAUAUCUAAACUAUUCAUUCCUUAAAGUUCUGCCUUCUCGCGUAUUUUUUCUUAACAUUCCGGGGAGAAAAGCAACAAAUGCGACCAAAUAUUUUAUUUUUUAAGAGACCUUUUACAAGUAUGAGCCUAUGAUCUCAUUUACAUUGGUGCAUUGUACUUAAUAUCACUUUUUUAUACUAAGGACCCAUGUACAUUUUAUUCUAGAAUAGUCACAUGUUGUACUGUGUUCCGUCUUACUUAUGUUACUCUGUUACAAGGCCACGUAAACGUUGGUAUGACAAUUUAGAGGAUGGUAGGAAUGUUACAGUCCCACCAAUAAAAAUAAAAGAAGGAAAGUUUUCAGUCUUGGCAGUGGAUUGUUGUCUACUUAAAUGUUGCUUUCUGUUUGAAAGAAGAAUGCAUGAUAAAGUGCCUAGAGAAAUUGGGGAAGGA